CAAAGAAAACCAGAGAAGGAAAAUUUUCAAAAGCCAUUUUCCUUCUCUUUAAUUCCUUGCCUUUCCCUGUGAUUCUGCGGCUUCAUGCAGGAGCCGUUUUCAGAAUCUCAGGGUUCAUACGUUCAUUCUCUUUCUCUUUCUCUCUGAAUCUAGCUAACAAUUACGCUGCCAUUUUGGCCAUCAUUGAAGCUCCGUAUGGAAGGCUUGGAUUGUUUUCUUUCAGUUAAUAUCUAGGACUCGUAUUAGAUUCUGGUUGGAAUUCUUUUUCCACCAUUUGUUGUUUUUGAGGCCAAGCAAUGGCGCCUGAGCUAGCCUUGCCAUUCUCUGUUGUAUCUGUGGUUGAAGAUGUUCUUCAAAAGCAUGGAAGCCGUUUAAGCGACGUUGACUUGGCAUCAAGGAAGGCUGAAGAAGCUUCCUCGAGAAGGAACGAAGCAGCUGGGUGGCUGCGAAAAACAGUUGGACUUGUUGGAGGGAAAGACAUGCCAGGUGAGCCUACUGAAGAGGAUUUCAGGAUUGCAUUGCGUAGUGGCAUUAUCCUUUGCAAUGCUCUUAACAAAGUUCAACCCGGAGCAGUUCCCAAGGUAGUUGAAGCCCCUUGUGAUAGUGUUAUUAUUCCUGAUGGGGCAGCUCUGUCUGCUUAUCAAUACUUUGAAAAUGUAAGGAAUUUUCUAGUAACUAUGGAGGAAAUGGGGCUUCCCACCUUUGAAGUUUCUGAUUUGGAACAGGGAGGGAAAUCUUCUAGGAUAGUGAAUUGUGUUUUAGCACUCAAGUCUUACAGUGAAUCGAAACUGAGUGGAAAAAAUGGGUUAUGGAAAUAUGGUGGGAGUCCAAAGCCAUCUACUAACUGUGCGAAACCUAUUGUGAGGAAAAACUCAGAACCAUUCAUGAGGUCUUUGUCAAGGGGUAUUAUAUUAGGUGAUAGAGAUGGUUUGCUGAAUGAAAAUUCUCCAGACAGUGCUGGGGCGGGGCAUGAUCUCAAUGACGGGGGUUCUUUUCCCUCCUUGAAUUCACUAGUUCGUGAAAUUUUAUCUAAUAAAAAGCAAGAAGAAAUUCCCAUUGUGGUGGAGUCUCUACUUAGCAAAGUCAUGGAGGAGUUUGAACAACGCUUGCUAAUCCAACAAGAAACGUUCAAAACAAUUCAAGAUGAUAAGGCACCACCUGAAGCAGAGGAUUUAAAUGUAAAUUCUGCUUGUGAUAAUGAAGUGAUGGAAAAAGAUGAAGAUGUAGAGGAUAAACAGCAGGAAAGCGAUGAUGUGAAGAACAAUGAUGACAAAGAAUCACGCAGCCAACGUUUGAAGCAGCAAAAGUUAUUUCAGCAUCAAAAUGAAAAUGUUCAGGAGUUGAAAAUGAUGGUUCAUCAAACAAAAACAGGAAUACAGGUUUUGCAACAGAAAUACCAGGAGGAUUUCAUCAAUCUAUGUAAGCACUUUCAUGGCCUAGCUUCUGCUGCUUCAGGAUAUCAGAAAAUUCUUGAAGAAAACCGCAAGUUGUAUAAUCAAUUGCAAGACCUGAAAGGGAAUAUUAGGGUGUACUGCAGAGUUCGACCCUCAACGGUUGGACAACCAAGCCCUAUCAGUAACAUAGAUGAAGGAAGUAUCACACUCGUAAUACCUUCUAAAAAUGGGAAAGAGGGGAAGAAGACAUUUAAUUUCAAUAGAGUGUUUGGUCCUUCUUCAACUCAAGGGGAGGUUUUCUCAGAUACGCAACCACUAAUUCGUUCGGUUCUUGAUGGCUACAAUGUGUGUAUAUUUGCUUAUGGCCAGACAGGAUCAGGAAAAACACACACUAUGUCUGGACCAGACAAUUAUACCGAGGAAACAGUAGGUGUCAACUACCGUGCACUGAGAGAUCUUUUCAGUCUCUCCGAUCAGAGGAAAGACACCAUUCACUAUGAUAUAUCUGUUCAGAUGCUUGAGAUUUACAAUGAGCAAGUCAGAGACCUAUUAACCACAGACACUACUAACAAAAGAUUAGAAAUUCGCAACAGUUCCCAUAAUGGCAUUAACGUGCCAGAUGCAAACCUGGUUCCUGUUUCAUCCACUUCUGAUGUCUUACAUUUAAUGAACUUGGGACAAAAGAAUCGGUCAGUUAGUGCUACUGCCAUGAAUGAUCGGAGUAGUCGUUCUCAUAGUUGCUUGACAGUUCAUGUUCAAGGAAGAGAGCUUGCAUCAGGGAAUAGUCUUCGUGGUUGUAUCCACUUAGUUGACCUGGCAGGAAGUGAGAGGGUUGAUAAAUCUGAGGUCGUAGGCGAUCGGCUGAAGGAGGCUCAACAUAUUAACAAGUCACUUUCCGCUUUAGGAGAUGUGAUUGCUUCACUUGCCCAAAAGCAAUCACAUGUUCCUUAUAGGAACAGUAAACUUACUCAACUGCUUCAAGAUUCUCUUGGAGGCCAAGCAAAGACACUCAUGUUUGUUCACGUUAGUCCGGAGCCUGAUGCCCUUGGAGAAACAGUUAGUACAUUGAAGUUCGCAGAAAGGGUCUCCACUAUUGAACUUGGUGCUGCACGUGUUAACAAAGAUAGUGCAGAGGUCAAAGAGCUUAAAGAACAGAUUGCUAGUCUGAAGGCAGACUCGACUAGGAAGGAUGCAGAAUUGGAACAAUUUCAACAGUCUGCAAAUGGCAUUAUUGAAACUCCAAAGACCAAAUCUCAAUUGUCUUCCUUUGCACGGUUUCCUAGUUAUUCACAUGGAGGUCGUAAGCCACCAAGAGAUGAAUCUAGUAGUAUGGGGGACAAGAAAAAGGAAACACCCAGGCUCAUGAAACGACGAAGCCUUGAUCCCUCAGACAUUUAUAGGAAACCCCGAUGGCCACAUCAUGAAGGGGUCAGUGGAAACGAGGAUGAUAAGGAAUCGGUUUCUGGGGAUUGUGUUAACAAGAGUAUGAAAAGUAAUGAGCAGUUAACGACUGAUGAUAGCCUCGAGGGACAGUGUGAAACAGAAAGAAAAAAGUCGAGUUCUCCAAUGUUAAGUCCCAAGUUUCUUUCAGAACCUUCAAAAAUAUGCUUGGAGGUAGUCACCACAAAUAAUGACUCUGAUGAGCUUGAGUUAGCAACUAGUGAAAGUUCAGAAUCAGACAGGAGUUGGCAAUCACAAACACGUGUACCUAAAGCAAUGUCUCUUUCCAACGGAUUAGUGUCUAGAACAAAGAAAUCAACUCAUCCUAGACAAAAGAAGAACCAAGAAACCAGUAGGAUCGUGAUCCCGUCAUCGUCUCCAUCAUCAAGGAAACAAUUACAACUCACCGUAGUUAGUCAACAAGGAAAGCUUCCAGUUGCAAAAAGAAGAACUGGAAAUACCAAAUGAGAAAACUACUUAAGUUAUAAGGUUUCUCACCACUGCCCUAACAUUUUAGUUUUGGGUAUAUGUGUCUAUACUUUAGUUGCAGAGAGAAAGAGGUUAUUUAUUUAUAGAAAGGGGCAUUCAAAUAGUUGCUUGUGUUUCUCUCGUGAGUAUAUGAGAUGCAAAUUAAUCCAAGCCAUCUUUUUACACAGACAUGAUUUUUGUAUGGGAAAGAAAAGAAACUCCUCCACCUUCAGUGCCCUUUGUUGCACUAUAAUUAGGAGACUGACGGCAAUGAAUGGAAAUAUAAUUCUACUUU